AGAGUGGCUUUUGUAUGCCAGUUGUUUUUAAUUUGCCUAUUUUUUUGCCUGGUUUUCAAGGUCGCAUCUUGAAAUCAUUACUCGCCGUGUUGAUUCCGCAAAUCGUCGUGAAACAAAUCGUUCUUCCCUCCCCGCUAUCGACGCGAACACGCGGAGUCAAUCGCACGUCGCGAAAUAGAAGCGGCGAACUCUUAUUUAACAUGGUCGACCGAGCCGACAGUACUCAGUCUACCACCGGCCGUAACACAAGUAUUCGCAUUAUCUUACUGAUUCCUCGGCGAAUCGGUGAGUCGUCGCCAGUGCCGCGAGAAUUCAUGGUGCACGUUGACGGGGUGAAGGAUCAUGGUGUUUUCGAUCGUUUGUCUUGGCCUGCUUCUCCUGCCGGGUUUCUGCCGCGGUCAAGACUUCAGUUACGAAGGAAGUCAAGGUCCAUCGCACUGGGGUGAGGAGUAUCACACGUGCAUUGGGAAACACCAAUCGCCCAUUAAUAUAGAGGAGCACGAUGUCAAAAACGUCAGUCUGCCACCAUUGAGAUUAAUCGGCAUUGACAAUCCGUGCCAUUCGUACGUAACGAACAACGGUCACACAGUUAUGCUGAGAACCAACGAAUCCAAAGCGGCGAUGUUAUCCGGAGGACCAUUAGGAGAUAAUGUCUAUGUGUUUGAACAAUUGCAUUUUCAUUGGGGCGAAAAUGAUUAUGAAGGAUCCGAAGAUUUAAUCAACAACCAUUCGUUCCCGAUGGAAAUGCAUGCCGUUUUUUACAAGGAAAAUUACAAAUUGAUAGAUGAGGCACUUAAGCAUGAGGAUGGUCUGGCUGUCUUAGCAUAUUUGUACGAGGUAAGCCCUCAACCAAAUCCAACGUAUGAGUCUAUUGUAAAAAUAUUGCCCGAUAUAGAAGAGAUGGGUAAAGGAAAAAUAUUGCAAGAGCCUCUGUUAUUGGGAGAAUUACUCGUACCAGAUAUUGCAAAUAUACAGGAUUACUUUACGUAUAAUGGCUCGUUAACCACUCCACCUUGUCUCGAGGUCGUUACGUGGAUUGACUUUAAAGAUCAUCAACAAUUAUCACACGAGCAGUUGGCUGCGUUUCGUGAUUUGCGGAAUCGCGAAGGCAACAAACUGACUCACAACUUCCGACCAGUUCAGCCUUUAGAGGAUCGCGUAGUUCUUCAAAACAUUCCGAAAGAGCAAAACACGCCGAUUAGCACUUCUCACAACCAUCAUCAUGGGCAUUCAGGACAACGGGAUAUCAAGAUUCCGAUUUUGUUCGUCGCGUUGGGAGCUCUUGCGGCAAUCUUUGCAAUGUUUAUAAUGUGAAGUCCUUCAUGUGAAAUAUUCUAGUCAAAGAGUAUUUUUUAAUUAACUUUUAAAGAGACAGAAUGACAGUGAUGACGCAAAACAAAUGGUGAAUACGAGUAAAUAUUUAAAAAAGAAUCAAAUUUUAUUUAUAAUAUCUUUUAAAGAUUAUGUUUAAUUGGGCAAACAUUCCGAAAUAAACGUCAUCCCGGUAACUUAUUUAAAGUAACAACAGAAUAUAUUUUAUAUAAUUUUUUUUUUAAACUUGCAGUGAUAACUUAUUUCUUAACAUUAAUAGCAACAUAAGUAAUUCAAUGUAAGUUCAAGAUCAUGACACAUACACACACACGUACAUGAACUAAAAUAUUACCUCACGUAUGUAAGAUAAUUGCAAUUAAUAAUAAUACACAACAGUUACUAAGAUGAAGUGUUUGCAUUACGAAUAUCUGCAUUCAACAGCUUUGCAACUGUUGCAAAAUUCUUUUUAACUAUUUUAAAAUAAUUCUUUACGAUUGGUUAGAGUUAAGUUUUUGCCUUUAGUUUCUACUAGAUCUGAAUAUACAAACUAUUUAUACUAAAGAAUCUUACAACAGUUGCAAAGCUGUAUCUUUUGCAGAAUGCAGCCAUUGAAUUUUAAAAUUAUAUUAAUAGAUAUAAUGUUAUGUGUCAUUUUCCGCGCGAGCGAGUUUAAGCAAGUAAAUAUUUAAUUCGUAUAGAGCUCCAUAAGUUAUUUAAGAGUACCCCAUGUGUUACAUGUAGAUAUAAUGACGAUUUAUAAAUAAUGAUUUAUGAAUAUUGAUUACUAGAUAUAUAUUCUAUACAAAAAAUAUAUAUAAUUUAUUGCAAAAUAUACACGUUUUCGAUAA